CACCUUCUUCAAGCCACACAGCCGCAUACCUUUCCCCUCCCUAGGGUUUAUACGUCGACUUUCCCAUUUUUCCCUCGUUUCCCACUUUUCAGUUUUCACCCUUAAACCCCAAAUCCUUUCUUCUUCUUCUUCUUCUUCUUCUUCUUCAUUUUUUCUCUAUCUUUUCUAAGUCCCAAUUUCCGCCAUGGCAGGGGGCAGUCAGCAAGCAGUCUCUCUCCUCACCAAUAUCGCUAAAGCUGCCUUCGGGAUUGGCGCUGGUCUAACUGCUCUCAAUUCUUCUCUUUACAAUGUCGAUGGCGGUCAAAGAGCUGUUCUCUUCGACCGUUUUCGUGGAGUUCUCGAUGAAACUGCUGGUGAAGGGACUCAUUUUCUCAUUCCAUGGCUUCAGAAACCUUUCAUCUUUGAUAUUCGAACUCGUCCUCAUUCGUUUUCAUCUAUGUCUGGUACUAAAGAUCUUCAAAUGGUGAAUCUUACUCUUAGGGUUUUAUCUCGUCCCGAUGAAAGCCGUCUUCCUCGUAUUUUUCAAGUUCUUGGUUUGGAGUAUGAUGAUAAGGUUCUUCCUUCUAUUGGUAAUGAGGUUUUGAAGGCUGUUGUUGCUCAGUUUAAUGCCGAUCAGCUUCUCACCGAGCGUCCUAGGGUUUCUGCUCUUGUUAGAGACAGCUUGGUCAAAAGGGCAAAGGAUUUCAACAUUAUAUUGGAAGAUGUUGCAAUCACUCACCUUUCAUACGGUGCAGAAUUCUCUAGGGCAGUUGAGCAAAAGCAGGUAGCUCAGCAGGAGGCCGAAAGGUCCAAAUAUGUGGUUAUGAAAGCUGAUCAAGAGAGGCGCGCUGCAAUCAUAAGGGCAGAGGGAGAGAGUGAGUCUGCAAAAUUAAUUUCCGAGGCAACUGCAUCGGCUGGUAUGGGUUUGAUUGAGUUGAGGAAGAUUGAAGCCAUGAAGGAGAAUGCAGCAACAAUGGCGCGGUCUGCUAAUGUGACAUAUCUCCCCACCGGAAAUCAACUUCUUUUGGCUAUGAACGCACCUGCACGCUAGGAGCAAGGUGAAUUGGCUCUGAAUGAAUGUUAGGUUGUGAUCAAGUUUUUGAAUGUGCGGAAAGUUUUGAAGGCUUUUGGCUCAAGUACUUUUAAAGUUGAAGAAACAAAGAAAAUUGAAUCUUAAUUAGUUUCUAAUAAUAGGUAUGAACACUUUGAUCAUCCUUUUUUUUCAGUAUCGCUGGAUUUGAGCGAUAUGGAAAUGGACUUGUGAUCGAUUUUGGUAAGUGUUGUGAUGUUAAAUAAAAUUGUUUUGUACUAUAAGUAAUGCAAGUCGGAAACUGUUUGCAUCUUAUUGACUCUAGGGAGUACCAUUCCUUUCAUUACUUUGGGUAUAUACUGAAUACUCUCUUUGUCCGUUUAAGUUUGCACUUUUGAGUUUGCACCAUAUGAUUCAAAAAGUUUACACA